GCAGAGACACAGUGAAUGGCAAGGAAGCAAACAGAGCCCGGCCCCUGCCUCCUGAGAUGGGCCCUCAAGAAUUUUAAGGAGCCCCUGUGCUUCCCUUGCCCUGACUAGACUCGAGCCUCCUCCCUGCACUAAAGCCCAGGGCUGAUAGGCCACUUCUCUCUUGGGCCUUCACUGUGUCUUGGAGCACUGGGCAGAACUUCCAGGACCAUGGUUGGGCUGAAGUCUUCUGAGGUGCCCCCUACUACAGCUGUGAAGUUCUUGGGGGCAGGCACAGCAGCCUGCUUCGCUGACCUGCUCACCUUCCCUCUGGACACAGCCAAGGUCCGCCUACAGAUCCAGGGAGAGAACCAGGCGGCCAGGAGUGCCCGGUACCACGGCGUGCUGGGCACCAUCCUGACCAUGGUGCGCACCGAGGGCCCCCGCAGCCCCUACAAUGGGCUGGUUGCCGGCCUACAGCGCCAGAUGAGCUUCGCCUCCAUCCGCAUCGGCCUCUACGACUCUGUCAAGCAGUUCUACACCCCCAAAGGCUCGGACUAUUCCAGCAUCACGACCCGGAUUUUGGCAGGCUGCACCACAGGGGCCAUGGCGGUCACAUGUGCCCAGCCCACAGAUGUGGUGAAGGUGCGAUUCCAGGCCAGUGUGCACCUGGGGCCAGGGAGCAACAGAAAAUACACUGGGACAAUGGAUGCUUACCGGACCAUUGCCAGGGAGGAAGGGAUCAGGGGCCUGUGGAAAGGAACUCUGCCCAACAUCACAAGGAAUGCCAUUGUCAACUGCGCUGAGAUGGUAACCUACGACAUCAUCAAAGAGAAGCUGCUAGACUAUCACCUGCUCACUGACAACUUUCCCUGUCACUUUGCCUCUGCCUUUGGAGCUGGCUUCUGUGCCACAGUGGUGGCCUCUCCAGUGGAUGUGGUAAAGACUCGGUAUAUGAACUCGCCCCCUGGCCAGUACCACAGCCCCCUGGACUGUAUGAUGAAGAUGGUGGCCCAGGAAGGACCUACAGCCUUCUACAAGGGGUUUACACCCUCCUUUUUGCGUUUGGGAGCCUGGAAUGUGGUAAUGUUCGUCACCUACGAGCAGCUGAAACGGGCCUUGAUGAAAGUCCAGAUGUUACGGGAAUCUCCAUUUUGAAUAAGACAGAUCACUUGAUCCUUAACAGAACAGUUAAGAAUGGGAUAAAUAAUUAGAGCCACACACGCAAGAACACAGACCCAAACAUGUUUACAGAACUGUUUACUUGUUGCUGGUUCAAGAAAUAGAAGAGGAUAUGGAGCUGGACAGUGGCACACCAGCCUAAGGGCACAUUGUACUAAGCACAGGACCCACACAAUGAUCCCAGUUCAAGCCCCUGACUUCCCGCCUGUGGUGGGGGCGGGGGGGGGGUUUACUUCACAAGUGGUGAAGCAGGUCUGCAGGUGUCUCUUUCUUUCUCUCUCCCUCUCUAUCUUCCCCUCCCCUCUCAAUUUCUCUCUGUCCUAUCCAAAAAAAAAAAAAAAGGGAAGAAAAGGAAAUAGAAGAGGAGGAACUAUUCUGGUCUUCAGAACUUUGUCUUAAAAAAAAAAAAAUUGUGGUCCGGGAGGUGGCACAGUGAUAAAGCUUUGGACUCUCAAGCAUGAGGUCUUGAGUUCGAUCCCUGGCAGCACAUGUGCCAGAGUGAUGUCUGGUUUUUCUCUCUCCUCCUAUCUUUCUCAUUAAUAAAUAAAUAAAAUCUUUUUUUUAAGUAUUUUUAAAAAAUUGAGGGGGCUGGGUGGUAGCGUAGCAUGUUAAGCACACAUGGCGCAAAGCGCAAGGACCAGCAUAAAGAUCCUGGUUCGAGCCACCUGCCCCCCACCUAUAGAGGGGUUGCCUCACAAGUGGUGAAGCAGGCCUGCAGUUGUCUAUCUUUCUCUCCCCCUCUCUGUCUUCCCUUCCCCUCUCAAUUUCUCUCUGUUCUAUCCAACAACGACAGCAAUAACAAUAGUAACAACAACAAGGGCAACAAAAAUGGAAAAAAAUGACUGCUAGGAGCAGAGGAUUCCUAGUGCAGGCACCGAGCCCCAGCAACAACCCUGGGGGCAAAAAAUACAAUAAAAUAAUAAAAUAACUUCUGUGUUUACCACUGACAAAUGGAAAAUAAAUUAUAUUAAUUUUUGAAACCCAUUAGGGUGGAUGCCUAACAUUUAGGCAAAAGAAAACAAAUCAAAGCAGAUUCAUAAAGAUAAAAUGGAAGUCUAAAACUUAGGUCUCCUGGAAAAUCUGAUUAGACAAUGAACUAUAAGCAGGGAAGACUGCAAGCACGAGACAACAGUGGCACGUGGCAGACCAGAAAUCACCUAAGAAGCCCUGCAGCCUUCAGUUAGCUGUGGUUCACCAGCUGUGUGUGCAACGUGUCCACAGGGAUUCUCAGAAAUGUGACAACAAAGAAAACAGAAGCUGUGCCCCAAAAGCCGUACCAGGCCCAUGAAGGAUGAAAUCCUGAAGUACUCCUGGGCAGCCCCAGAGAAUCAAAAGGGUGGCCUCAGUCCCCUUACCUGUGAAAUGGGGAGUCAUCAUGCCUCCCUCCUACCUCACUGGGGUUCUGAGGCUCAGGAAGAAGCUGGAAGUGACAGUGCCUUUGAACAGCAAAAUCAGAAAUGUGAACGUAAGGACAGUGGGAACUUGGGAUACCUGGGGGAGAUUUCUUCAGGACAGUGAGAAGCGGCCAGUAAAGACAUUUUUUGGAAGGCACAGUUGUUGAGAAUAGAGACCAAAAAGAAUCAGGGACCCCAGGGGACGAUGGGGAGGAGCAGGAGCCCCACUCCCAAGCAGCCCCCACCACCCCGCUAGACUGUGAGGCACCCAAGGACUCGGGGCUUAGGGAAGAAGACACAAAUGCUGGGACAAAAGUCUGAAGUAGCAGGACUUUGAAUUUUUAGAAAACUAUGGCUCAAUAAAAGAAUUCACACUUUGGUGUGAGAUUGAAACAACA